AUGACGCCAAACACAAACUUCUUUCUCUCUUUCAGCUUUGGAUGCUCUCCCGACACGAUACUCGUCGCUCGCCAUGUUGACUCUCUUCGGCUUCGAGACAAAAAAGUACCAUCCUCGUCGCCCACAUACAAAGUCCCGCGCCGGCUGCCUAACCUAAAACGCCGCGUCAAAUGCGACGAAACCCACCCAACAUGUCGUCAAUGCAUUCGCACAGGCUGGUCCUGCUCCUGGCCAGACAUCCAACCACAUAAUAAAGUCCAGUCACAAUCACACCAAGUAAACCAAUAUUCUUCGCUACCAAGCGCAAUUCCGUCCCGCAUCUUUCAAACACAGCGCGAGACUCACUUCUUCGACUUCUUCCGCUUGCAUACCGUCAUCGACCUAAGCGGCUGGUCGCCCUCCUCCUUCUGGCAGCGGCUCGUCCUGCAGAUGGUUCAUACCGAACCUGCGGCGCGGCAGGCAGCCAUUGCGUUGGGGGCAUUGCAUCUUGAGGGUUUGUCUUCGACACAUGCCUUGCGGUUUUACGGUGGGGCGCUUGCGACGUUGAGGAGCGCUUUACUUGGAUCGGGAUCAGAGUCGGUUCCGAAUAUGGACGCGUGUCUUACGACGUGUCUGCUUUUGUCGUGCUUUGAGAUUGCACGGGAGGACUGUACCGCUGCGCAGAUCCACUAUAAGCAGGGAUUGGCGAUUCUCAAGCACUGCUCAAAUCACGGCGUUCAAUCACGAGAUGACCCGGCGUUGGGCACAGAAGAACCCAUCCAGACAACCUUCUCCCUGUUCGAGAUGCAUAUCAUUGCUUUUCUGUCAAAUCGUCCGAGUCCGGGUUAUACGCCUGACAACGGCUAUGCCGCUUCUGCUGCCGCACAAACCUACCCAUCACCGUUGAGGCCCCUCUCGCUUUCUAUACCUAAUGUCUUCCCCUCCCUCUCGUCAGCAGCAGAGUCCUACCUUCGCAUUCAGCACGCAAUUCAAUCCGCAACAACUCAAAUAACAUACCAACUCGCGUUCUCUCAACCGGUCCCGGUUCCGGAUCUUGAGGGGCUAUAUCCGCAUCGCGAGUCGUAUGGGGCUUCUCUUGCGUUUCCUGAGGUAUUAGAGGAAGUGUUGAGGGAGGGUUUGCGGUUGUUGCAGACUUGGGAGAGUGCUUUUGAGGCGUUGAUCACUAGCCUUGGUCGUGGUGAUGGUGGAAAUGGAAGGAGCAUUCAAGACGAACGCACAGUCUCCCUCCUCCGGGGUCACGCAGCUAUCCUCAUGAUUCGACGCUCAAGAGACCCAAGCCUCGGCGAGAUGGGCUACGAUAUCUUUCGAGAAUCAUACUUGACCGCGCUCCUCCACUUCGAAAACGCCACCGACCUUGCCUGGGCCGAGAAACAAGCUACAAACGAGACCGGGCCAAAACCACUCUUCUCGCUCAGUCUCGGCGUGCUCCACGCCCUCUACGAUCUCGUAGCCAAGUGUCGAGAUCUACACAUUCGACGGCGAGGACUAGAUUUGCUAUCGAGGAUGCCCUUCCGUGAGGGUUUAUGGGACGGACCGAAUGCACGGCGGGUGAUUGAAGCGAUUCUAUCCUUUGAAGAGAUGAAUCGCCUUUCUGGAAUUGAGGGGCCAGAAGGGAUCCCUGAGGAGUAUCGGACCGUCGGUGUGAAUUUUGUAUUUACGCCUGAGAGGUUCAAGAUCAUUGCGGAUUCGAUGCGUGGGAGGGGCGUUUCUGUCGUUGAGCUAGACUGA